AUGGAGAUGAUCAAACAAAUAAUCAAACAAAAACAUCAAAUUCACAAUACAAGCAAUGCCCUAAUUCGAAGGAAAAGUUCGCAAAGGAUAAAGAAGUCCACAACAACUCACACGUUGCCGUUUGUUUAUACCGCGUGGCUGGGAUCAAUGGAAACGGAAAAAGAAAAGGAAACAACAGAAAAACUCGAUUUGUGGGAUACCUUAUACAGUAUUGGAAAAGCUAGAGAAAAGGUAUUAGAAGUCGAACAGAAGUACAAUGAGGUUCGCAAGCCUGAGCUUUCGACUGAUGAAGACCAGAAGAUCUUCAAGUAUUUAAAAGUGGAGGAUUGCAAAGAUCUGUUUACAUUUCACUUCAAGCUCAAUCCCUACUUUGAGGAUACUAAGCUCACAAAGACCUUUGCUUUCCUCGAGGAGGGAACUACCAAAAUCACAACAACAUCAAUAAAGUGGAAAGAAGGCAUGGGUAUUCCAAAUGGCACUGCUGAAGUGAAGAAAGGAAACAAGCUAUCUCAUUUUGAGGAGAGUUUGGUGACAUUGAAGAGAUUCAUGAUGAGCUGGGACAAUUUUUAUACCUAUUUGCAAUAUGAAAGUAUAGCUAAAUAUAUGCCAGAUAUUGAAGCAGAGCUAUUUACAUAUACGACCCGCCCUCAACAAUCGAAUUAA